GUUGGACCACCCUGUAUGUAUAUUUCUAGAUUUUUAUGUAUAUUUCUAGCUUUUUCAAUUUGGCAACAGUGGAGAAAUCAUAGAAAAAGGACAAAUAUUUUGAGUCAAAGUUUUUGACAGGAGUAAAUUAAAUUUCAAACAAAUAUUCUCAAUUUCGAUUUAAAAUUACUGCCUGUCAACCACUCCAGUGAAUAUUUUUACUUUUUAUAAUAUGCCCACAUUUAUUGUAACUAUUUGAAUCAUUUUAAUUCAAUUCGUAUGUUUCUAACCUCAACCUUUACUAAAUUACACAUGUUUGUAAUUCAUUUUUUAUAUGAUUUUGGAAUAACAUCGUCAAAAUGGACAUGUAAUGUCCUUGGUUUGUAGAUUUAAUCAAGUCUAUCAAAGAAGUGUCAUUGGUUUAAAUAAGUUCCUAAAAAAUAUAUCGAGUAUUAAGUAUUCCACAAACAUUACAAUGGAAUCAAAAUUUGAAGUGUUAAAAACUCCCAUUAAGAGCUUUAGCGACAAGAAAGAAUACAAAGUUAUUAAAUUGGAAAAUGGUUUGAUCGCAUGCUUAGUCUCCGAUAACAGUCCCAUUGAUCCGGAAGAAAAUGAGGCUUCUGAUGUUGAAAUGGAGAGUGAAACUGAAUCUGAACAAAGUGAGAGUGAAUCAGAUGUAAAUACUGAAUCUGAUAAUGAAGGGACCAGCAGUGGACCUGAACAAAAAUUGGCUGCAGCUGCACUGUGUAUAGGGGUGGGUAGUUUUUAUGACCCAAAUGAGGUUCCUGGAAUGGCUCAUUUUUUGGAACAUAUGGUUUUCAUGGGAAGUGAAAAAUUUCCAAAAGAAAAUGAUUUUGAUUCAUUUAUUCAAAAAAGUGGAGGGUCUGACAACGCAUCAACAGAUGCAGAAACAACAUGCUUUUACUUUGAGACCCUUGAAAAAAAUUUGCUCGCCGCCUUGGAUAAGUUUUCCCAAUUUUUCAUUUCUCCUUUAAUGAAAAAAGAGGCAAUGUCUAGAGAACGAGAAGCCAUAGAAUCUGAGUUUCAGAUGGCCUUACCGUCGGACUCUAGCAGAAAGGAACAACUAUUUUGCUCAAUGGCUAAAGAAGGUUGCCCCGUGAAUUCAUUCUCUUGGGGAAAUUUAAUUACUUUAAGGGACAACAUUUCGGACGACAAAUUGUAUGCCGGGGUGCAUGAGUUUAGAAAGCUGCACUAUUCUGCGCAUAGGAUGACGCUAGCUAUACAGGCUAGGCUUCCAAUGGAAACUCUGCAACAAUAUGUUCUGGAUUGUUUUUCUAACGUUCCCAACAACACACUAUCUAAACCUGAUUUGUUAAAGAAUUGUAGUGGCCUAUUUGAUACUCCACAAUUUAAAAGAAUGUAUUAUGUUCAGCCUUCUAAAGAUUUGUGCCAGGUGGACUUAACAUGGGCUUUGCCCUCUCUUCUUGAAAAAUAUAAAUCUAAACCUCAACAUUACAUAUCCACCCUAAUGGGGGAUGAAGGAAAAGGAAGUCUUCUAUCCUAUCUAAGAAAAAAAGUCUGGGUUUUGGGCACAUCCAUUGGAAAUGGAGGCUCAGGUAUCGAACACAAUUCAGUCUAUUCAUUGUUUACAGUCUCUUUGGUGAUGACUGAUGAAGGAUUGGAGCAUUUAAAUGAGGUUAUUGAAGUAGUGUUUUCCUACAUAAACUUGCUAAAAAAAAUCGGUCCUCUAGAAAGAGUAUUCAGUGAAAUGCAAAUAAUUGCGGAUACAGCAUUUAAGUUUUCUUCUGAAGUAUCUGCUUCAGAUUUGGUUGAAUCAUUGUGCGAGAGUAUGCAGACUUAUCCACCAGAACAUUAUAUAAGUGGAUCUGAUUUAUAUAUGGAAUAUGAUGCAGAAGGUAUCAAACAAAUUUUGAACCACCUUAGGCCUGAUAAUAUGAAUGUUAUAGUUAUGUCCAAAAAAUUCAAAAAUGACUUAUUUUUGGAUAAGCAGGAAAAAUGGUUCGGUACCAAAUAUACCGACAAAGAGAUUCCCAGUGAUGCGAUGAAGAUGUGGUCAAAUCCAAGGGUCAUAGAAGAACUCAGCUUACCGGAACCUAAUAAAUAUUUGACUACCGAUUUUUCAAUAUUGCCAAAUUUAGAUAAUAAUCCAAGUUACCCAGUGAACAUUUUAAAAACGCCUUCAGCUGAGGUUUGGUACAGAAAAGACGACAAAUUUAAUUUACCCAGAAGUUUUUAUUAUUUCUAUUUUAUCAGUCCUUUAAGUCUGAAAUCAGCUGCUUGCACUGCAAUGUUGGAUAUGUUACACAAUUUACUGGACAUCGAUGUUACAGAAGAACUUUACCCAGCUGUAACUGCCGAUUUAUCCUAUAAAUUUAGUUAUUACGAAAAAGGGUUGUUACUUAAAGUUUUAGGGUAUAAUGAGAAACUGCCAGUAUUAUUAAAUGUACUAUUUACUCAUAUGAGAGAUAUAUCUAAAAAUAUAAAACCUGAUAUGUUUUCAGCUGUAAAUAGGAAAAUGAUUAAUAAUAACUAUAAUAAAUUAAUUAAACCAUCCAAUCUAGCAAAAGACAUGCGUCUUAAUUUAUUGGUAGACAACACUUUUGGGCCAGUGGAAAGAUACGUGGCGUCUGAAAAUCUAAAUUACGACGAUAUGAUCAAAUUUGCAGAGGAUUUUUUCCAUAAACUUCACGUUAAGGUUUUAGUACAGGGCAACGUUUCUGAAGAAAAGGCCAAGGAAACUGUGCAAAAAUGCAUUUCGACACUUUGCUAUGAACCUUUGAAAGAAGAUGAAAUACCUUGUUUUAGUGUGAUUGAAAUUCCAAAAGGAGAACAUUGUUGUAGAAUUGAGAGUUUUAAUAAAAACGAUUCAAAUUCGAUAAUAACGAAUUAUUAUCAAUCUGGACCUUUAACAAUUAAGGAUAAUGUGAUAUUGGAAAUUAUUUUGUUAAUAGCUGAAGAGCCUUUAUUCGAUAUGCUGCGCACCAAGGAGCAGCUAGGCUACCACGUCGGUAUAACCGUCAGGGAUACCUUCGGUAUACUCGGUUAUACCAUAACAGUAAACGGUCAGGCAACCAAACACACCACGGAGCACAUCGACAGUCGUAUAGAGGCAUUUAUCAAACAUACCCGCAAACUGCUUAAGAAACUAUCGAAAAGCGAGUUGGAACACACUAAAAAUACUUUAAAGAAAAUGAAGCAAACCGUCGAUGUGGAUUUGAAGGAGGAAGUCGACAGAAAUUGGAGCGAGAUUAUAGAUAACGAAUACGUUUUCGAUAGGUUGCAGCAAGAGGUUAACGCUAUAAGUACUAUUACUUUGAAUGAUUUGAAGGAUUGGUGGGAUAAACAUAAUAUGGGGACCAGUUCUUUCAAGAAAAUAAGCAUACAGGUUGUUGGUCAUAACCCUAAGGAUAAUGUAGAUAAAUAUUCAAAAGGUGGAGCCGGUGAAAAUAUUAUAUCUGCGCUAAAUCUUGUGGGGACAAGUAACGGUAUCAAAAUCGGUAACAAAAAAAGCGAUUAUUUUAUUACUGACAUCAAUAAAUUUAAAAAAGAAGCCCAAAAGUUUCCGGUAAGGAAAGACUGUAGAUAAUGUAAAAAUGAAAAAUAUAAAGAAAUAAAACUUU